AGGCCGUUUUUUUCUUCUGAAGGGACAGCUGCAAAAAGCGGUGGAAGUGGGAGCCAUGCCUCGGGGAGUUAUGGAGGAGGCCGCAGAGGAAGUGGCAGCGCUGGCUCAGAAACACACGCAGGAGCUAGAGCAGGUCUUUCAGCGCUUGCAGCGCAAAAUCAGGGACGAGAGCCCACCAAAGACCACCUUGCUGACCCGGAUCUCUGCCAGCUCCAAGGCGGCGGAGGAUGCGGGGCCCCCGCAGCUCAUGCCCCCGAAGAUGGCCUUCGGAGAAGAGCGGCUGCCAGGAGCAGUGGAAGCUGAGGAGUCAUGGAAGCAGGAGAUGGUGUCGGAGUGCUCUUCCACCUCAGCGGUCUCGUCCCAAGACUCCAAGGAAAAUGCUCGGAACUCGGGCUCCUCGUGGGCGAAGGCAAAGCGGAUGGCGACGCGCAAGAAGAUCAUCAAGAGCACGGGGGACAACUCGGUGACCUCCGUGUGGGUUCAACGGGUGGUCUACAGCAUGGGCUACGAGGUCUACAGUGCCUUGCUGAUCCUACUCAACGCGGUCUUUGUCGGCUGGCAGACGGAGUGGACGGCCGCCACGGUGCAUGUGCCCUCCAGUCAGCUGGGCUUUGAGCCCACCUUCUUCUACGUCGCGCAGAUCGUCUUCUUCCUGCUCUUCUUCGUCGAUCUGGUGAUGCGCUGGUGUGCGGACGGCCUCAUCUAUUUUGUUUGCAACGAAGAGAUGCAUUGGAAUGUGCUGGACGUGGCGGUGGUGGGCUUUAACUUCAUGGAGGUCAUCACUGAGACCAUGAUCUUCAUGGGCGCAGACAGCACCAUGCUGAUGAACAACUUCAGCGUUGUGCGAGUGGUGCGGGUGCUGCGCGUGGUCCGCAUUGCCAAAGUGAUCCGUGUCCUCAAGGCCUUUCGCGAGCUCCGCCUGAUGGUGGCAUCCAUUGUCAGCUCCGCGCGGAACCUCCUGUGGGUGAUCCUCAUCAUCUGCGUCCUGUUGUAUGUCUUUGGGAUCAGCUUCACCAGCGCAGUUGCGCUGGAGCUGGAGAUGUCUUCCAAGGACGCUCCUGGCACGGACGAGCUGAAGAGGUACUUCGGCUCGCUGUCGAGCUCCAUCCUGACCCUGUACAGCUCAAUGUCUGGCGGGGAGGACUGGACAGUGUAUUACCACGUGCUGGACCGGCUGCCCUGGCCGUACCAGAUGCUCUUCCUCUUUUUCGUGACUUUUGCCGUGUUCGCCGUGGUGAAUGUUGUGACAGGCGUCUUCGUGGACACGGCCAUCGAGAAGAACCAAAGCGACAAGGAACUGGCCAUCCAGGAGGAGCUCAGGAACAAGAAGCUGCGCAUGAACUGGAUCCGCGACGUCUUCAGCGAGCUGGACUCCAGUGGUGAUGGCACCGUAACGCUGGGGGAGUUCGAAAACCAGCUGAAUCAUGAGGCGGUCAUUGCCUACUUCAACACUCUGAAGCUGGACGUCAGUGAUGCGAGGACGCUCUUCAAGCUUUUGGACAGUGAUGGCUCCGAUGGCGUGAACAUCGACGAGUUCGUGUCCGGGUGCUACCGCCUGUCCGGGGAGGCCACGACACUCCACACCCAGGUCAUGCAGAUGGACAUCAAGGACAUUCUCAACAAAAUGAUUUGGGUGGUGGGCACUUUGGAGGACUUGCGGGAGAAGAAGCCCCGCAACAGCGGCCGGGUUUCCACCCACUCCAACCGCCCCUCCAUCCGCAACUCCGGCGUCGAGGAGCGGGGCCUCUUGCGGGCCUCGGAACGCUCCGACUUCGGCUUCUGCUGAGAGGAGGUUGCGAAGUCCGCUUCCGGUGAGAUAGAAACCGACAGAGGCUGAGAGCGGCUCGUGUUUUUCUUUUGGCUAGAAAAGUGCCAUAGGAUUUUGGUUCAGCUUGGAAAGGUGGGCUGUGGACGUCGUUCUUCGGGCUUGCUGAAAUCAACGCAAAGCUUUGCACGAAGGGCAUCGGCUUGGAAGAGGCCCUUCCAAGAGGUGUCAACAGACGCCGCCAUCCCAAGACGGCUUCCACUUGCGGUUCCUUGGAAUCUGGAGUAGGUUUCCUGGCAGCCCCCCUCUGUUCUGAU